CGAUCGGGGCUCAGACCAGGCGACGCCGACCCUGCCCAAGGAGUCCCCGCGUGUUCGCGGACGGAGGGCGGGAGAAGGGCGAGCUGAGCCUACCGGUCCUCCAGCACCGACUCCAUGGGCGCCACCCCGUCCGUGUCCACGGCGCGCAGCUGCUCCGCAAACUCGAUGGCCGCCUGCAGCCGCUCCACGCCCUCGCGGUUUCGGAAAUCCACCAGGGCCAGGCGCUCCAGGUGCUCGAUCAGCUCGGCGCUCACUCGGCCGCCCGUGCAGGGACCGGGGGGCGGGGCCUUCCCUGAGUCGCUCCCCGCAGACCGGCAGCUCUCGACUCGUGCUCCCUGCGUCCUCGCGCCGGGGCUCAGCCCUUCCCGCAGCGCCGACUGGAGCGUCCGACGCCACAUCUCACCUCCUCUCACUGCCGGGUCACGGUCGCUUCACACGGACCCAGAAAGGGGCGCUCCGGUGUGACGUAAGCGGCGCGCCGUCGGUGACGUCAGCAGCGCCGUCGCCGUUCCACUGCGGGGCUGGUCGCCAUGAACAGCGUGGGAGAGGCCUGCACCGACAUGAAGCGUGAGUACGACCAAUGCUUCAACCGCUGGUUCGCCGAGAAGUUCCUUAAGGGCGACGGUUCCGGGGACCCCUGCACCGACCUCUUCAAACGCUACCAGCAGUGUGUGCAGAAAGCAAUCAAGGAGAAGGAGAUUCCUAUAGAAGGGCUGGAGUUCAUGGGCCAUAGCAAAGAAAAGUCUGAAAGCUCUUCUUGACCUUGACCACAGCCUUCAAGAUGACCUUUUCAACUACAGACAUUAAGACACCAAAAAGACUGUGGUCUCUGAAGAUGACCGCUGGUUUUCUGAGCUUUUUAGAGGAGGGUUCCCUUAGGUAUAUUUACAAAAGGGUCAUGUAGACCUUUAUUAUUUGCUUUCAGGUGGAUGGCACCUAGCUGGGGUGGCAUCUUGCAGUACCAAACAUGGCAUGAGAGAAAUUCUUCAGACGAUCAGAAUGUUAUUCGGUCUGCUGCACUUAUACUGUGUUUGCACACAAAUAUAGACACCUGUACUUCCGAGUCAGGAUGGCUUAGGUUGUCCCGAAUGCUGAAUCCAUGCUGCUAAAUAGUAGAUUUUGGGGUUUUUUUUUCCUGGAAGCACACCUCUGAUGCUCUGUGAGUGACUCCAGUAUUUAAAUGGCAACCAUUUUGUUUGGAUAAAGACUGAAUGAUGGUUAAAGGUGUGAAGCUAGCCAAAAAGGGAUCUGCCUUUAAGAAACAACUGCCUGCUUCUAAGAAGAGGAUUCAGAUGGAAUAAAAAAACAAGUUCUUGAAGGCUUCUAAGAAACCAUUUUGAGCUCCCAAAAUUGGUACUAAGCACACAAAUUAAGGUGACUCCUACUUUCCUCUAAAUCUUGUCAGUUUAGCUAUGAAGGUACUAAAAUAUGCAGAAAUUUGAUUUUCCUGAUUCUGAGGCUGUUUCAUUAAUGAUAAAAGUGACUAUUAAAAAAAGUGCUCUGAUGGAAAUGGCACCACUCACAGCUUGAGCUGUAGACUAUCCAGGGUAGGUUAGUGGAAGAGGGUUGUUUACAAGGCCUCUUGACUACCUUGACGCUUAAUUGGAAGGGAAUACUUUGCUUUAUUUGCCUUAUUUGUCCAUCAUGUUCUAUAAUAUUUGAAAUCAGAGAUGGAAUAAAUAACUGCUCUUUGGUUUAUAGUUUCUUAUCGACCUCACAGCACUUUUAAUGGACUUUGUUCAUCUCCAACAUGCCUGUGACACAGGGUAGAGUCUUGUUCUCCCAUGUCUAAUCUUAUGUUAGAAGAAAAAACAAACAUUACCUCUGAGCCUGGUGGCAUUAUAACCCAGACCUCAUUAUUUGCAUGACUCAUCAGCAGGAAUGAGUCUCUCUUUGGGUAAAGCAAAUUCCUAUUUUGGCUUCUCAAGGCAGAGGUAUACCAUCUGAGUGAGUGAGUGAGCACAGACUACCAUGAUGCAGGCAGUCCACUGGUUAAACAUCAUUACCCGUAAACCUUAUGUGUAUCUUGGGAAUUGAGUACUUUUGAUAAUGGUCAUUUAGACUGUAUUGUAAUUAAACUUAUUUGUAUAUUUAA